AUGAAGGCAGAUAGAGAUGCUGGAACUCAAAAAAUCUUCACUCCCUGGCGCUUGGACCAGUACAGCACUUCAACCACAGACAAACACAGUGUUACUGAGGAAACAACCUAUGGAGUUCAAGGCCAUAUGGGUCAGAAUCACUUGAAAAGUAACAAUGAUGCUAAACCUGUGUUCAGUCCAUGGGAUCAAGAGAACUACAAUUAUCUUACCAUUAAACGAACAAUACUGAGUAGUGCAAACAGCUCGGAUGGAUCUACAGACAAUGGUGAUAAGAUUUCACCGAAGGGAGAUAACCCUUCAUGUGAGAAGCUUAUUGGUGACAGUGAGAAAGAAAGUAAUAUAGGAAAACAACAAGAAAUCCAUGAUACAGACACACGGACAGACAAAUCAUGUAAAAGCACAAAGGAAUUAAAAACUUGUUCCUCCAGUGAAAUGUAUUUGAAGGAAGGGCAAAGUGACGUUCAAGAUAAAGGUCAAGGUCAUAAAGAGAACUCUGGGAAAUUAUGGAAUUAUCGAAGCAUGAAGGACAAUUCCUUGUGCAUGUCUACCAGUCCUGGUUGUGAACCAGACAGAGAUCUGAGUCGUGAACCAGACAGACAUCUGAGUCGUGAACCCGAUAGACAUCUGAGUCGUGAACCAGAGAGACUUGCCCACCAUAGAGACAGUACCAGCUUCUUUUCUAGGAAGUCGAGGAAGCAUUCUGUAGAAUCAUCAGACUCAAAUACAGAAAACAAGGAGAAUUUCACAUCCAAUUCCCCACUGAGUGACGGUAAUUAUAAAAACCCUGUGCUGUUUUGUAAUUAUAGUGAUGAUUCUAAAACAGAUACAUUUGAGCCCCUUGCCAAAUUGUCACAUGUAUCAAAUGUAUUGCAUAAUUCAGUGGAGAACUUAAUGCAGUAUGCAGAGGUUUUGUAUAAGUGUAAGCUUUGUACAACAUUACCCUCAAUAUUGACAUCACGUGAUAGUUUCCUCUCACAUGUCAGUGAAGAGCACUUGCCAAACAAUGACCAACUCAAAGAGUGUGGGCGCUGUUGUCUGCGGUUUGGUACUGUAGAAGACCUCCGCACCCAUAUGUCUUCUGAGCACACAAAAACAUGGGAGGAAAAACCACAAGAGAAAAUCCAUAAAAAGUGCCAAAAGAUUCCUAAUAAGAUUUCCCCAGCUUUUAAAGCAAGAGAUAGUUUUAAAAGUCAAAAGAGGUCACCAAGUUUUCUUAGAUCAGACUCAGAUGAUUUGGAAACUGGAAGUCAGAAGCUUGUUGAAGAUGUUAAUGUAACCGAAGACCAAGAAACAGCAUCUCAUCCACCAAAACUAGUUAUUACUCAUGGAGUAGAGCGCAGUGUUCAUCUUGCCCCAACCCAAAACAUGACACACCUUCAGAAGCUCACAGACCAGAUUCUUGCUUCAAACAAACCAGACAAGGAAGGCUCACACCGUAAGAGUCCACACACUAGUCCUGUCAUAAUGACCCCAUGCUACACGGCUGAAUUUGGUCAAUUUACCAAGCUGGUGAGAGAAGGAGGAAAUAUUGUCUAUUUUUGUCAACUGUGCAAUUGGAAAUCACAAGUAAAAAUGCAGUUCCAAGCUCACUGCUCAAGUUCACAUCACACAAGCAAAGUUAAGGCUGCUGACCAGACAGAUCUUGAUGAUUCAGGAGUAGCCAUGCCACUGGACUCUAACGGUCAGAUCUUAAAGUCUGAAAAGAGGUCAUCAGAAUACAAAGAACCGGUAGGUUGGACUCCAAGGGGACACCUGUCUUUUCUCACUGAAUCAUCAGGGUUUCGAAUUGGAAAUUCCUUGCCAAAAAUGGAGAAAGAGUACGGUAAUUCGAAAGAAAAAGAAAAUGCAACAAAAAAUGAAGGAAAAAUGAGAGAUGAAACAAAUACCAUGGAAAAAGUAAAUUAUUCAAAUUUUGAGAAGAAAUGUGAUGAAAAGAUGGAAGUAGAAAUGGAAGAGGAAGAUGUAGGAGAAGAUAAGGAAGAGAGAGUAGAGAAAAGGACAAACAAGGUAGAUGAUCAGGAUAGAAAAGACGACAAAGAAAUGGUGCAAGUAAAACAAAACAAGAGAAAAAGGGCUGUCCCCGUGGUGUUAAGGAAUCAGGCAGAUUGUGAGGAGGGUUGGGAUUCUGACGAGUGUGAUAAUGACAGUGACGUCUCCUUGGGAAGUACUCACAGGCCGGGAAGUGGCAACAAGAGACGUCUCCUUGAGAAAACCAGAGAUCCAGAUGGUGGCAGACAAGGCCAGCAAAGUUCAAGGAAGCAGGGUGACAUGACUUUUCCUGCAGAUCAAGGGAAAGAUAGAUUUUACUCUCGAGGGAUGUUGGAGGAAGAGUAUGAGUCCUGGAGUCCAAAUACUGAUGACAAGCCAGUUACAUGUAAUAGAUCCCCUAACCCUCAAGGAUCAGGGUUGCGUCCCACCCCACCCCCUGUGGUAAAUAUGUAUCCAGAUCAUACCCCACCUCUCAAGUAUUCUUCAGGAGGACGGGAGGAAGAGAUGGAAAAGACAGCGUCUAUGAUACGUCAGUACUUUGAAUCACAGCUCGGAUUUAGGGGACUUGAUCGGCCAAUCAAGUGCCCCUCGGCCACAGAUUGGCCAAUCCCACCGCAGACAUCCAAUAGGAAUGGAGAACGAAGCUUGUCUACUCAUAAUUCUGGCUACUGUGUACGUGACCCAGCCUACAUGUACAACUGCUCACUGUGUGAGUUUGGCUGUGCAGACAUGUCGGAAUACAGACUUCACUUUGAGACUGAGCACGGGCAGGUUGCAGACCUGGAUUCUGGAGAUGCUGUGUCAGAUGGUCGGGGGGAGUCCUGGAAGAUGUGGAAGAUAAAGGAAAUUCUACCAGAUUUGAUUUGUGUGUAUCCACGAGGCAAUGUGUCACGUGACCUGCUUCUCCAGAAGAUCAGUGUCAUCCUUAGUCUACCUGAGGCCACACAGUGGGGACCUGCGUGUAACAAAGCUGUGAGGGAACAAUUUCCCCAUAGUCUGGCCCAGCGUAAGGGCAAGUACAAAAAAACCUUCUUCUUUGGUGUGGCCUUGAAUGAGCAUGUUCAGGAGCAGGAAGAAGUGAGUGAUGGUGAAGGUGUAACAUAUCAACCGCUUCGAGACAUGUCACAGGACAUGGAGAAAAUCCUCGGCCACCUACACUCACUGGUACAGUGGACAGGAGACCUGGAGUCUGGAGUAUCACGUGAUGAAAUACUGGAAUUACUGAAAGGUCGUAUCGAGGAACCAGAUGUCCAACACUGGGGUGUUCAGUGUAACAGAGCCAUUCGUGUUCUCUUCCCAAAUGUGGAAAUGAAGCGCAAAGGAAAAUAUAAAACUACAGUAUUUUUUGGCGUGGACUUCAGACAAGAUAUCCACAAACAAGCAUUUUUACCCAAUAAGAGAGGACGGCCACGUAAAUUCCCCUACUUUGAUCCAAUACAGCAGGUGGAUCAACCAAAUAUGACAUGGCUUGAGGCACUAAGGUCAAGCCAGGAGGAACUGUACCCUCAGGACAUUAGUUCAGAAGGUCAAGUGUCACGACCUGAUAAAGGCACUGUAACCAGGGGAUGGGGACCGAGUCUAGGAGACAAAGACUCUGAUAAAAGCAAGAUGAUAUCUGCUGACAAGUCUGAUGAAGGAGGGAGGCAUUUGUCUGAUAAGUUUGGAGAGUACUCACCAUUUCUUCGCUAUCGAAAACAAGAUGAACGUCGUGGAUUGGAUCUAAGUCUUGGAGACAAACAUGAACGUUCAUCACUAGGAAUCAAACAUGACUCAUUUUUGUCAAUUUGUGACCAGCCAAGACCUUGGAAUGUUCCUUCGUCAAUAGACAACUUCAACAGGUCUGGAAUGUUUGGUAGUGAGCUCAGGGAUGGUCACAUUCAAUCUCUGUUGCACCCCCUCCCCCCGUCAUCUCUCCAACCCCCUGGUCACCUAGACCCUACCCUCCUCUAUCGUCUGCGGUCAUGGCAAUGGUCACCAAGCGAGGAGGAUGCAGAGGACCCUGGAGAGGAUGAGGAAGAGUAUGAUGCUGCAGAUGGAGACGAUGAAGAUAGCAAUGCAUCAGUGUCUAGUAUCACUGAAAGUAGGUCACAGCGACAUGAGAGGUCACAGAGGUUAAAACACAGAAAUGGUGGCAAAAGAAUAGAAAAAACAGAUCCUAAGAGUUUAAGUAAAUGUCAACAGUUUAAACCUGUUAAUAAGUCUUGUAGUAUAGAAGAGCAGCAUCAGUCUAAGGGAGAUAAUCUGGUGUCACCAUCACAAGUUUGUUUCACUCAGUUAGAAAAUAACCAAGAAAAUGUAAAAGACAAUGUUACAGGCAAGGAGACAUCAUCAGACGUCCAGAAUGAGGUUUUAUCAAAUUUAACUUGCACUGGCGAUUCCAGUAUUCUAAAUGCUAAAAACACGCCUGAAGGCAGCUCUCAUGCUUGUGGUAAUGGUGACGUAAAUCUCUCUAACCAGACCCUACAGAAGGAUGACAAGAUUAAUCAGGAUUGACAAUCCUGAACUUAAAUAUCCAGAAAAUGUGGUUAAUCCUCACAUGGUUUACAAGGUCAUUACUGAAGAUAUCUUUGGUUACAUCAUUACAUCUUGAUGGAUUUUGAUGAUGGUUUUCUUAAAGAGUUCAAUGUCAGGUACUUCAUUCAUAUUGAUAAAAAAUUGUCUUUAACACAUUAAAAUAGUACUCAAAUUGUAAGAAAUGAUCUUUUAAGAAGAAAAAUUUUAAUUCAAAUUAAA